AUGACUCAACAACAAAUAGCGCUUCAACAACUCACUAGUACUCUUUUGUCGGCUUUUUUACCGCCCACAGCCGAGGAAUUGCGAAGUGUGUUGCGCUAUCACGAUUGGCGUUAUUAUGUAUUAAGCGAACCCAUCAUCACCGAUACCGAUUACGACUUUUUUUUCAAAGCAUUGAAAACACUGGAGGAAAACAAUCCAGCUUUGAUUACGCCUGAUUCGCCUACACAGCGCGUGGCGAAAGGGUUAACCGAAGAUUUUCAUCCGGUAGACCAUUUAGUUUCGAUGCUUUCACUUGAAAACACCUACAACAUUGAAGAGGUGGCCACUUUCGAAAAUCGCGUGAAAGAACUAGUGAUGAAUGGUGAUGUUGAAUAUUGUAUCGAACCUAAAUUUGAUGGUGCGAGUAUUGCCCUCGUGUAUGAAAACGAUUUAUUAAUUCGUGCCGCUACACGUGGCGAUGGCACAACCGGUGAAGAAAUCACAAACAACGCGAAAGCCAUUGCUUCAGUGCCGCUUUCUGCGCCCUUUUCAAAAUACGGGAUUUAUAAAAUUGAAUUGCGAGGCGAAGUGGUGAUUCAAAAAGAUGUGUUCGAACAAAAAAACAAAGAGCGUGUGGCGCGAGGCGAAAAAGCAUUUCAAAAUCCUCGUAAUACCGCCUCAGGUUCCUUGCGCAUGAAAGACCCUAAAGAAGUGUCCCAACGAGGCUUGCAAGCCAUCAUGUACCAUAUCAGUUAUGCUGUAGAUAAGGCGGGGCAAAACUUAAUCGGCAUCACGUUGCUGCAUCAUUUCGACAACAUAAAAAUGAUUGCCGAAUGUGGGUUUAAGAGUCCGAUUCAAGAAGUAUCAGUAUGUAAAACUACCGAAGCAACAGAAGCUUUUUUAGCAAAGUGGAUUGAAUUGCGCUAUACCUUUCCGAUAGAAACAGACGGGAUGGUCAUCAAAGUGAACAGCCUGAAACAGCAGCAGCAGUGUGGUUCUACGGCACAUCACCCAAAAUGGGCCGUGGCGUAUAAAUUUCCGGCUAAACAGGCGCAUUCUAAAUUAUUAAGUGUUGAUUUUCAAGUGGGCAGAACUGGUGCCAUUACUCCGGUGGCGAAAAUUGAACCGGUGCAUUUAAGUGGGGUGACCAUUUCUUCUAUAUCACUUCACAACGAAGAUAUGAUUCGCGAAAAGGGAAUUAUGUUGGGUGAUACUUUAAUUGUUGAAAGAGCCGGAGAGGUGAUUCCCUACAUUGUUGGUGUUGUGCCCGAUUUACGCAACGGAAGUGAGCAACCGUUGGUGUUUCCAAGUAAUUGCCCUUCGUGCGAAUCGCCAUUAAUUCGUCCGAAUGAAGAAGUGGUAUGGCGAUGCGAGAAUGCCGAUUGUCCGGCUCAGUUGGAGGAACGCAUCAUUCAUUUUGUAUCGAAAGAUGCCAUGGAUAUUGACGGACUCGGCCGACAAAUUGUGAUUGAUUUUAUUGCCAAUGGUUUACUAAAAAACAUUGAAGGUAUUUAUGCGCUCGACUUUGAAAAAAUUCGCACAUUGGAAGGUUGGGGCGAAAAGUCGAUAGAGAAUUUGAAAAACGGAAUCGAGCAAUCGAAAAAACGUCCGUUAUGGCGAUUGUUAGUGGCUUUGGGUGUUCGGCAUGUGGGGACAGGAACAGCGAAAGACAUUGCAGGACAUAUUUUAUCUAUCCAUGAAUUAUCUACAAAAACGGUUGAAGACUUAAUAGCGAUUGAAGGUAUUGGGCCGAAAGUGGCAAACAGUAUACACGAUUUUUUCACCAACGAAGCGAACAUUCAUUUGCUCCACGAUUUAGAAAAACUGGGCUUAAACACCGUAAAUAAUCCGGCUGAAAACGCAUCGGCAUCGAACAAACUAAACGGACAAACCUUUUUGUUUACAGGUACUUUAACGCAAUUCGGUCGCGACCGUGCAAAGCAAUUGGUAGAAGAAAAUGGAGGAAAAUUGUUGAGUGCCGUUUCUGCCAAUCUAAACUAUUUGGUGGCAGGCGAAAGUGCAGGAAGUAAGCUCACCAAGGCAAAGGCAAUACCUUCUAUAAACAUUAUCACUGAAGAUGAGUUCUUGGCCUUAAUCGCCUAA